AAUAAAUCACUUGGCCUCCGUACGAGCAUAUGAUGACUAUACGCCACAACUGGUGUUCGGAAUGUAAGGAGACUUGCUUGAAUCAUGCCACGCUGUGCACAAUUUGUGGAUCGACUCUGGAGGCACCGCCAGCGGCAGUCGUGAGUGAUUUGGCUCGAAGAAACCAAGAUUCCGCCGCACGGCGCCGAACGAAUGAUCCACCCGGGUCGCUGUUUUCCUUUACAAUGCAGGAUCUCGUUCAAGAAGCAACACAAAAUCAAAGGAGAGACCUCGGAGAUCUUCGGGAACUGUUGGAAAAUAUACGACAAGAAAUUAGGGCAACCGGCGUGGCGCAACAAGACCUUUUGGAAGAAAUGCGCAGCGUGCGAGAAGAAUGGCAAGCAGUCCCGGCAGAAUUGUGGGAUCCCAGUAUCGGUAGCGGAUCGUCUUCGAGACCGACCAGCGUGGAAUACCUUGAGCGUAUUCCGCGGACAGUGGUGUCCAGGAAGAGCUCAAUUCUUCGCCAAGGAUGUCUGUCUUGCUCUUCGAAGGCGAUAGCUGGUUGUCCACUCCCUCCUCCAAUGGAGGUCAUUCCUGGAGAAUUUGGUAUGACCGAAGCAUGCGCGCUCGAACAUGGUACCUUGAUCUUGCCUGAAUUCAACAGGACGGGGAAGGGUGGAUUAACGCUGGCGACGAAAACCCUCAUUGCAAAUGCCACAAAACCUGUUAUUGUGUACAUGGAACGUGGGGACGGUGUGACUUUUUGCCAAAAAGCGAUUACAGCCCAAGACGCAGGAGCCAGUGCCGUAGUCAUUGGGAAUAACGUGACGGAGCCUUGGCCUUACGUUAUGAAAGAUUCGAAAGGGGAAGCCGUUGGAGACAAAGUAUCCAUUCCGAUUGUCAUGGUGAAGCUUGCUGAUGGGCAAGCUCUCGUCUCCUUCUUUCGGCAGCGCAACAACACUACAGUCGAAUGUGCCAAAUGGAAUUUAAGAAUGGAACCACAGAAUCAAAACUGCGUGAUCUGUACGGAGAGCUUUAGUAUCAGUGAAGUACUGCUGCGACUACCAGCCUGUGGCCAUCACUUUCACGAGAGCUGUGCCAUGCAGUGGCUCACCAGCCACAAUACGUGUCCUUACUGUCGAAGAGAGUUACCGACAGACGAUGCAGCUUACGAGCAGGAACGACGGCGAACGGAACGAACCCACGCCAGCUCGGACUCGGCUGCCGGGAGAUCGUCUCAAUACCAAGACUUUUACGGAUGA